AAAAGCAGACCUACUGCUGCAACCUGGCUUACGAGAGUUGUUUACUUUCUUUUAUCUUGUGCAAAGAACUAAAGUUUAACAGGUUUUAGGGUGGGGACUGAACUAGACUCGAAGAUCCGGUUCCUUCUUUUGUGACGGUUGAAAAUGGCAGCUUUGUGUCGUGGCUUAGUGUGGCUGCUGCUAGCACUACUGAGUGUCGGAGUAUGGACUCAAGUGGAGGAAGAAGAGGAAGCAGUGGAGGAAGAGGAGGAAGAGAGCCAGGAUGAAGCAGAGGAGCUGGGGGAAUUAAAGACAGAAGAAACUGACGAAGAAGGUGAAGAAGCGGCUGAUGAGGAAGCACGGGAUCCAGGUGGAGAGAUUGAUGAAGAGGAAACAGAAGAAACAGAGGCAGAUGAGGAGGAGGAGGAGGAAGAAGAAGAAGAAGCAGAAGAAGAAGUAAGUGAAGUGGAUAAGACAAUUGAGGAAGAUUCUGCAGAUGAAGGUACUUCUGAGGAAGAAGACGAUGCAGAGGAGGGUGAAGAUGUUGAGGAGGAGGAUGUAGAGGUGGACGAGGCCGACAACAAAGACGAGGGUGAAGGAGAUGAAGAUGCAGAGGAGGAUCAGGCUGACGAUGGAAAUGAGGAGGAAGAAACAGAAGAAGAGGAGGAAGAGGAGGAGAUUAGCAUGUCUGAUGACAAAGAUGGCAGUGAGGAAGAUGAUGAUGAAGUAGAGGUAAAGGAUAACGAAGAACAAGCUGAAGAUUUCAAUGAGGACGAGGCCAAAGACGAGGAAGAUGAAGCUCAGGAUCAAGCUGAAGAACAAACUGGUGAAGAUGAAAAUUCAGAGACCAAAACUUCAACACAGUAUCACAGUGGAUCUCUGUGUACCAUGUGCUCCAUCUGUGAGCACUGCAGUAGUUGUGAUAAAUGCCCGUGUGAGUCAGGAGACUUGUCGACACAUUGCCAACACUGUGACGGGUGUUCCUACUGCUACGCAUGUCCCGUGAUCUGUGAGACAAUAUGUGAGCCAGGUGGCUUUAUGGAUGUGAUGUCUGGAACAGUGUACGAAACUCUUGCCGCAUAUCUCUGAGAACUUUUCACAUCGUCUCCUGUGCCAUCCUGUUGAGAAGAGCAGUAGUAAAGCUCAGUAAAGCUCAGAGUGAAGUUAAAGAAAAGUGCCGCAGUCUGAAAUGUGACCUUUCAUCUGUCCGUGUUAUGAAAGUUCAUAUUAACAGGAUGGAGAUAUUUACAUCAGAUAUUAUAAAUGAGUUAUUUUUUUGUUGUUGUUGUUGUUUACAUGAAUUCUUUUUAUCAGAAAUGGCAACAAUAAAAUACAGGCUAUUUGUUUUUA